AUGGAUCUUUGGACAUUUAUGAACUUGGAGCAACGCAAAAAUAAGUUACAAAAUAUGAAAGAAGAUAUUCAAAAUGAGGCCGAUGAUACAAACUCGUAUCCCUCAUCUUGUUUGGGCAUAAGUAUGGACAGAAAAGUUUUCAACUUUACUGUAAAAGUUCCGGGUCUUAGUCCUUUCCCAGUAAUGUGUAACUCCGAGAUAGCUGGAAAUGGUUGGCUGGUUAUACAAAGGCGUAAGGAUGGCAGUGUAAACUUUUACCGGGACUGGAACGAUUAUAAAAACGGCUUCGGGCAACUAGAUGGCGAAUUUUUCAUCGGCUUGGACAAAUUGCAUGCUCUUACAGCAUCUCAACCAUUCGAACUCUAUGUUCAAAUGGAAAGUAUAAAAGGCAUCAAAAAAUAUGCCCGAUAUGAUGAUUUUGCAAUCGGUAAUGAGUCUGAGUUGUAUGCUCUGAAUGUGCUAGGUAACUAUUCUGGUACUGCUGGUGAUUCCAUGGAAUAUCAUAAAGGGCAAAAAUUUUCAACAUUUGAUAGAGAUUAUGAUAUGCAUGGCAAAAAGAAUUGUGCUGAGUUUUAUGUUGGUGCUUGGUGGUAUAAAAAGUGUCAUUAUAGCAAUCUUAAUGGACAAUAUAUGUAUCAUGGACGACCAUAUGCCAAACCGCAUGAAGUCAGAUAUAUUUGUUGGUCCACAUUUGAGGACUAUAGGAUGUUAAAAUCUACACAGAUGAUGAUUCGCCCUAAAUUUGGGUGCGGUGGUUAUGAGACCUCAAAUUCAAAUUUUUAA